UCCUUUGCUCUGAUCCCGCCGGGCCACCGUACUUGUUGUGUUUUGUUUUCAGUCGAAGCCAAGAUGGCGAACGAACUGGACAGAGUGCGAAUCUCAGCCGCGGAACUCCGAGCUGAAGCGUCGAAUGCAGUUGACACCGCGGACUGGCAGAGAGAGGAGCAACAUAUACCCAAGCAACAAAAGAGGCAUGAAGGAAAGCGCCCUGAUAUCCAGCGUUACCUACCCGUAGCUGGACAUGGACGGCAUCACCCUGACAGUGAGGAAGGAGAAACUGGUCAAAGUGAUCCCCUGGCCACUUCUCUACACGAGCAUGAUAAACCAUCGCAGAGUGAGAAAAAGGGGGUCUCUGAAAAAGUUGUUGAGUUCACCGAUGGUGGGGUGGGAACUGACAUGAGGGAAGAAGACAGGGUGAGGGGUGAUGGAAGUCACAAUCAGACCUGUAGAAAAGCCAGCCGCUCACAGGCGAAAGUGGAAACAAAUCAAGACAAGGGCUUUGUUGAAAAUGACAGAGAACACCAGGAACCUGCUGGAGCUUCUAAACCGACAAAGAGAGCUCGCAAACCUGACCGCGAAUUUUAUCAACCCGGGAGCCGGAGGAACACUCAGGGAAAGGACGGUGGAGUUGGAAAAGAUCAGGAUAAACCUCCCCCUACGAAGCACGAGCAGAAAGCUGAGCCAGAACCCCAGCUGAGUACAGGGGAAAUGGAAGGGAAUCAAAAAAUAUCUACACAGAACCCCAUAGGGAAAGGUAAAGAAGUAAAAGGUAUAGAGGAAAAUGUUAAAUGUUCUAAAUCCAGGGAGACAAACAAAAAGCACGGAAGUAGAGCUGAUCAAAAAACACUUUUACCCCCUGAUGUUUCAGUGGAGAAAAUUACCAGCAAGGUAGAAAAACUCAUCCUGAACGAAAAGGGCAAAGGGGGUAGUGAAGGCCAAGUUGUUGAAGAGUCGGGGGGCAGUAGAGGGAAAACAACUGAUAAGGGAGGACAAUGCCAUGGUGGAGUAACAAAAGCAGAUGAGGAAAAAAUAGAUAGGAAGAGGGAAAAGGGAAACCGCAGGAGAAGAGGAGGGGAGAAGGACAAAGAGAGGAAUCAGGAUCCCAGAGGAGGAGGAGAUGAUAUAAGUGGUGGAGGAAAGGGUGACCACGGGAAAGAUGAGAAAGAGAGAGACAGGAGAGCAUCAGUUUCAGAUAGGGAUAACAAACCAGGUAAGACAGGAGAGACACACCAAAGCAAACGGAAAGAAAAUGAUGGAGAAAGCAGAAGAGGAGGAGAUGACAACAACAACCGGUCUAGAGAAGUGGAGAAAGAUGCCAAGACAGAAAAAAAUGUAGACAAGACUGUAGAAAGAGUUAACAGAAACAAAUCCAAUGUAAACCUCACAACUCCAUCCUCAAAGCGAUAUUCCAAGUCAGAUAUUCGACGCCCACGAAAUCGAACUUACAGCAGUAGCUCAGCCAGCAGUGUGACCAGCCUGGAUGGUCCAAGAGUAGGGAUGGCUGGAGAAAAGACCAGAAGGCCACGCUUGCAGCCUAAGCACAAUAACAAAGAGGAGAUGGUUAAUAGUGGGGAAGGACAAAGGAGGCAUUUACGAAGCUGGACAACCAACGGGGAAUCGUCUACAGAAUCAAUGGAAGGGAGUGAGAUGAGUGACAUGGCAGAAAAUAGGAGGAGGAGAGUAGCAGUAGAGGAAGAGCUGAGUGCAGCCAGGCAGAGGGAAGAAAGGAACAGACCACAGGGAAACAAAGUUGGAGGGCGAGGAAUCCUAAGGGUCUCUCUUGAAAAACAUUUGGGUGUGUCUCACAAUGGGGACGCACAACGUGGCAAGCAAGGCUUGUUCCCUCGUGGCAGAGGUGGAGGUAUCCUGGUGCUUCCGGCCCGUACAAACAUCUCUAAUCCACCUGAGGUUGGGCAAAGACUUCUCUUUGGUGGAAUUAGGGGAGGAGCUGCUAGCAGUAGCAGAGGAGGCAGAGGAGGAGGAGUGAGACGACUCUGGGAUCCCAAUAACCCAGACCAGAAACCUGCUCUCGCCAGCUCCCAGUCAUCACAGCACAAAUCUCUACAACCGCCUACAUAUCUUCAGACAGGGACCGGAUAUGGACAACUUCACUUUCUGGACACAGACGACGAGGUGGCAGGCAGUCCUCCGGUCGCACACGGUGAGCAAUUUCGAUCCCAGCAGGCUGCCGCCAUAGCCUACUACAAAUUCCAAAACUCUGACAACCCCUACUGCUACCCCAUGCCCACCAGCAACCCACAGAAUCCUGGCAACGCCGUCAGCCAGCGGUAUCCAUAUCCAUAUGUGGGGCCCUACCAAAUGGUUACCCCCAACAGCAUGUACCCAGGCCCUGGUGCUGGUCAUUUGAGUGGGAGUUACAGAGGAGCGGGUUAUUCUCAGCCAGUGGCAGGAGGUGGUGUGACAUUUGAAGAGGUAGCGCAACAAGCCAGGGGGGAGUUGGGGAGGCUGUUGAGGGCUGCAGAUGCACAGGAGCUCCAGCUCAGUAACCUGCUGUCCAGGGACAGAUUGAGUGCUGAUGGACUGGAUCGCAUGGCCCAGCUCAGAGCGGACCUUUUGCGGCUAUAUGAGCAGGUCGUCCUCACCGACAUCGAGUACUCAGACUCUCAGAAUGUGGAUCAGGCUCUGUGGAAGAAUGUGUUUUACCAGGUCAUAGAGCGCUUCCGACAGCUCCUCAAAGACCCCGCCCACGAAAACACCCCUCAUAUCAGGAACACGUUGCUCACACUGCUUGAUGAGGGAUCGCUGUUCUUUGAUGCACUGCUUCAGAAACUGCAGACAGUGUUCCAGUUUAAAUUGGAGGAUUACAUGGAUGGCAUUGCCAUCAGGUCUCGGCCAUUACGCAAAAUGGUAAAGUAUGCACUUAUUAGUGCUCAGCGCUGCAUGAUUUGCCAGGGGGAUAUAGCACGUUACCGGGAACAAGCCAGCGACUCGGCCAACUAUGGCAAAGCUCGCAGCUGGUACCUAAAAGCCCAGCAGAUUGCUCCCAAAAAUGGACGACCGUAUAACCAGCUGGCCCUACUGGCAGUCUAUACAAAGCGGAAGUUGGAUGCUGUGUAUUAUUACAUGCGCAGCUUGGCAGCAUCCAACCCCAUCCUGACGGCAAAGGAAAGCCUGAUGAGUCUGUUUGAAGAAGCUAAGCGUAAGGCAGAGCAGCUUGAGCGAAGGAGGAGGCAGGAGCACGAAGGAGGCUCCAGGGGUCCACCGGUGAGAGGAAGGGGAAGAGGGGAAGACGGCGCACGUGUGGAGAUUUGGAUUCGCCCCAGCGGACAAGCGGCGACCCCAUCCGCGCAGAGAGGAGGAAGCGAGUCCAGCAGAGACUCUGAACAGGAUGGAGAGCUGGGUAGUCUCAGCGCUAGUGACUUAAAUAAGAGGUUCAUACUGAGCUUCUUACAUGCACAUGGAAAGCUCUUCACUAAAGUGGGCAUGGAAUCGUUCCCUGGGGUGGCGAGCCGUGUUCUGCAGGAGUUCAGGACGCUGCUCCAGCAUGGACCCUCUCUACUGGGCAGCACACACAUGCUGCAGAUCAUCACUAUCAACAUGUUCACCAUACACAAUGCCCACAGCCGAGGUGAAGUAGGAGUGAGGUCCGUUUUACAAGAUCAGAGCACUGCCCUGGGUCUCGGCAUGUUUGCACUUCUGGUGCAGCGCUGCACAGAGCUGCUUAGAGAAAUUCCCGCAGAACCAGCUCCCAUGUCUGAUGGAGAAGAAGAGGGUAAAGUGGAGGAGCGGGACGGUAUGGUUAGGGUCUCCGCCUUCCCACUGGACAUCAGAGAACUACUGCCAACCAUCAAGGUCUGGUCUGACUGGAUGUUGGGACAACCAGACCAGUGGAACCCACCACCGUGCAGUAUAGAUUGCAGCCCUGAUGUUUGGCAGUGCCUGGCUGACCUGUGUAAUGUGCUGGCUCGCGUGGACCACGGGGAAGUGCCGCUUUACAAAGUGGACUCUGAUGAAGUCGAGGGAGAAGAGGAGUUGACUGUGCUGCAGCUGAAGGAGGACAGGCUGCUUGCCGGCUUUGUGCCGCUGCUGGCUGCGCCACAGGAGCCGUGUUACACAGACAGACACACUGACAUGACAAUAGCAGCAGAUUGUAAGAGAGUGACGGUGCUGAAGUACUUUCUGGAGGCUUUGUGUGGACAGGAAGAGCCUCUGUUGGCCUUCAAGGGAGGCAAAUAUAUCUCUGUGGCAACUUCUCCUCCACCUACCCACUCGGUGGAUGAACGAGGCAGACAGGAUUCUCUAACAGAGAAAGAGGCCGAUGACGUCAUAGUCGAGGCAGAGUCAUCUCUCUCCGCAUCAGAAGGUGAGGAGGAUGCAGAGGAAGCGGGUGAUAGCGAGAAUGACAUCAGACAGCUGAAGGCACGACGCAACGUCCUCACCAACAAACUGGCACAGCAACAGAAGCGCAGGGAUAAAAUACAGGCGGUUCUUCAGACUGGUGGGCAGCUGGAGCUGGAAGUGAGGCCCCGUUUUUUGGUCCCAGACACCAAUGGAUUCAUCGAUAAUUUGGAAGGGCUGAAGAAACUCCUGCAGUGUGGAAAAUACAUAAUAGUUGUGCCACUCAUUGUGAUUACAGAGUUAGAUGGCUUGGCUAAAGGACAGGACAACUUUGGUGGUGGAGUGGGGUCAGGAAUGCGCAACACUGGCAGUCGUGGCAACUAUAACGUUAGUGCGGCCCAUGUUCGGUCGGUGCAGGAGAAGGCCCGGUUGGCAGUAGCCUUCUUGGAGAAAGGAUUCGAAGCCAGGAAGCCGUGCCUCCGAGCUCUGACGAGUCGGGGAAAUCAGCUUGAUUCUAUUUCCUUCCGCAGUGAAGACACCUCUGGACAACAGGGUAACAAUGAUGACGUGAUUCUGUCCAGCUGUCUCCACUACUGCAAAGACAAGGCAAAAGAAUUCAUGCCUGACCAGAGAAAUGGGACAGUGAGGCUCCAAAGAGAGGUCGUCCUUCUUACAGAUGACCGUAACCUGCGCGUCAAAGCUUUGACCCGCAACGUCCCGGUCCGAGACAUCUCUGCUUUCCUCGGCUGGGCCAAAGUGGGGUGAAGCGGGCUAUGCUGGAGUCAAAGGAAAACCAACUGCUGAAGCCUGCUUGCCACUCAGCCAGAAGAGGAGAAACACUUGAGCAGAGGGAGAAGAGGAUGAGAUAACAGGGCAGAGGAAAAUUCAAAAUAAAGCAAAGAACCUCUACUUAUGAAAUGCAAGUAAAUGUAGUGAGAGCAAGGUGGUUUCAAUGAGCUUUUCCCUCUGUGAUGAAGUGUGUGUGCGCGUUAUGUGUUAAGAACAGUGAGCUCCUCCGGAAAGAGACAAGGAGACUUGAUAAGUCUAAGGAAGGCUUGACUACAGGGGAGGGAGGAGGAAAAGUUGAGUCAUGUGGUUUGUAAGUUGUCUGGUCCAGCCUCGAGCUUUUGCACCUAGUUAGUGAGUGAGUACUGUUGCAAUCAGUAUUAAAUUUGGACCUGACGACAGAAUGAGCCAGAGAGAGGAAAGCGUUAAUGGUCAUUUAGCCGAUGAAAUUCAUCCGUAGUGACGACCAUGACUGGCACUUCCACACUUCUCUGAGGGCCCAGUCAUCUAGGCUGCUGUAGCCUCUACAGCAGGAGCUGAGGGAAAGCAAGGUGGAGAGGAGCACAGCUGGAGGGUCUGUGUCAGUGCAGAGAAAACAGUGGCUGACUGUUGUGAGGCUUAAUCGAGAGCCCUCGCCCAACAUCAGCACCACCAAGGAAUCACAAGCAGGUACGGUAUUUCCUGCUAACCCAGAAAGUGCCGUGUGCCUGUGUUGUAACUUAGGUUGUUCAUCCAACUUGAAGCCAACAUUCAGUUUGGGUAUUGUGAGACGCUGGUUUUUAAAAAAGCCAACAACAACAAGAAAUAAUAAGGUUUAUUUUUUAUUUUAUCUUCUCUGACUUUAAUUUUUUAGCUCAUUUGUAAAGUUUUGUUUUUAACACUGAUAAUUAGCAUCUGCAUUUGAUCUGGGUGCAAAUGUAUUUGUAAAUAAUAAUUGUUUUUUCUUUUUUUUCGGAGCAGCACAAAAUGUGAUAUUUGAAUAUAUCAAGUUCUAGUUAGUUGGUUUGUGGUGAGUUUUCAGUUCUUUAAAAAAUGAUGCUGCGUUUGUUCUUUGAGCAAAAUUCCACUAAUCUGUCAAAAAAACCAAAACAUUUCAAAAUACUGUUUGUCUCAGUUACACAGCCACAAUGUGUAACUGUCUAUCACCUCUUUUCACUUGAUUAAUUUUUUUUUUGGUAAUAAAUUACAGCCUGUUAAAUGUCCAUCGAGUUCAAACACCUCAGUGACACGUCAACAAACAUUUAACACAGGUAAAAAUUGUGUUGGAGAUUUUGCUCUUUAUUGCUUUUGGAGACAACUUAAGAGAUUCUUAUUCAUGUCUGUUUUUUUUCUGUGCUUUUGAAACUGUCUGGAUGCUCAAAAUGGAUAUAAUCCAUCAUCUGUCCUCUCUUAUGUUACAUCAUACACAAUUCUUAAUGCACAGUUCGAUCAUAUGGAUUUUAUUGUACUAUAUGUAGAAGUGGCUUUCUAUUUGUCCUGUACCUUUUCAGCUAGGCUUGUACAACUUCCAUCAGCAGUUGGAUGUGUCUGUAUUUGUGUGAAGUUGUUUCCCUUUUUUCUUUUCUUCAGCUCUUCGGUUCUAUGGGCUUCUGCAGCUUCUGUUAAGUGCCGCCGCUUCAGUGAUUUAACGUCCUAGGAAAUGUAGUACAUAAUUGACAGCACAAAGCAGAGUGACUUUUCCCCCCAUCAUCCAUGAUUAAAAAUGAUUUUGAAGGCAUUGUUUUCACCCUAUUAAUAUGCAAAUAAACAGCCAUCAGUCUGACUUGUAA